AUGGGUGACCACUACGGCUUCUCGCUGACCACAUUCAGUCCGUCGGGAAAACUUAUGCAAAUUGAAUAUGCACUAAAUGCAGUGAAAAACGGACAACCAUCCGUUGGAUUAAGGGCGAAGGAUGGUGUAGUGUUGUCAACCGAAAACAUUGCCUCUGUAUUGUUUGAAGACCAGCCGAAAAUCGAAAAGAUUAGCAAGCACAUCGGAUGUGUCUACAGCGGAAUGGGACCAGAUUUCCGCAUUCUCGUUAAACGAGCCCGAAAAAUAGCCAUGGAAUAUGAAAUGAUGUAUGGAGAAGAAAUCCCUACCACUCAGCUGGUAACGCAGAUUGCUGCCGUUAUGCAAGAAUAUACGCAAUCCGGAGGUGUACGUCCUUUCGGUGUGUCCCUCUUGAUUGCUGGAUGGGAUAAAACCCCUGGCCGACCACUUCUUUUCCAAAGCGAUCCUUCUGGUGCAUACUUUGCAUGGAAAGCAACAGCUCUUGGAAAAAACGACGUAAAUGCCAAAACAUUCCUGGAAAAAAGGUAUAGCGAGGCUCUCGAGCUUGACGAUGGUAUCCAUACAGCACUACUCACUUUACGGGAAUCAUUUGAUGUUGGAAUGACGGAAGAUAAUGUAGAGGUCGCUAUUUGCAACGCAAAGGGUUUCCAACGUCUUACAAAGCAACAGGUCAAAGAUCACCUUGGUGCUCUGUAG